GGUGAAGCAGCGGCAGCUGGGAACAGAAAAGGAAAAUGGCGGCGAAGGAGCGCGGUGGCGGCACAGACAACAACGCCGAGCCGCCGGGGGCAGAGAGCGACGCGGCAGCGGACGCCGUGCUGCCUGGGUUCAAAGAUGCCGAUUCUUUCGUGAAGCAUGCACUUGGCACGGUGGUGUCAGCCACCAAGGCUUCUGGUGGCCUCCCUCAGCCCGGAGAUGAAUACGAUUUCUACCGCAGUUUUCCUGGUUUCCAGACCUUCUGCGAAAUGCAAGGGGAUCGGUUGCUGCACUGCAUGAGCAGAGUGAUGCAGUACCAUGGCUGCCGCAGCCACCUCCGGGACCGGAGCAAGGUCACGGAACUGGAAGACAAGUUUGACCUGCUGGUCGAUGCCAAUGAUGCCAUCCUAGAAAGAGUGGGCAUGCUAUUGGAUGAAGCAGCAGGUGUCAACAAGAACCAGCAACCUAUCCUCCCCUCGGGCUUGCAGCCUCCCAAGACCAUCGUCUCCAGCUGGAACCGCAAGCAGACCGGGGAAGCCAACAAGCGAACGAGGUCAGAAACCUUCCGUCUGCUGCACGCCAAGAACAUCGUCCGCCCUCAGCUCAAGUUCCGUGAGAAGGUGGACAACUCCAACACUCCCUUCGUCCCAAAGCUCUUUGUCAAGCCCAAUGCUCUGAAGCCGCUGCCAGAAGUGCUCUCAAAAAGCAGACGGGAACGGAAGGAACGCCCGGAGGAUUUGGAUGUGCCGGCUGCCUUGGCCGACUUCCUCUAUCAGCAGAGGACCCAACAGACUGAGCAGGACAUGUUUGCUCACCCUUACCAGUAUGAACUGGCGCAUUUUUCACCGCCAGCCGAACUUCUUGAAAAGCCGCAAGUCCAGAUGUUCCGGUCCCUGGAGGAGACACCCUGCCACUUCAUCUCCACUUUGGACGAGCUGGUGGACUUGAACGAGAAGCUUGUGGGCUGCAAAGAGUUCGCCCUGGACUUGGAGCACCAUUCCUACCGGAGUUUCCUGGGCUUGACAUGCCUUAUGCAGAUUUCCACCCGGACAGAAGAUUUCAUCAUCGACACGUUGGAGCUGCGUAGUGACUUGUAUAUCUUGAACGAGACCUUCACAGACCCUGCUGUGGUCAAGGUCCUGCACGGGGCCGAUUCAGACGUGGAGUGGCUCCAGCGAGACUUCGGCCUCUACUUGGUGAACGUCUUCGACACCCACCAGGCGGCUCGGCUCCUCAAUCUCGGCCGGCACUCCCUGGACCAUUUGCUCAAACUCUACUGCAAGGUGGAUUCCAACAAACAGUACCAGCUGGCGGACUGGAGGAUACGACCCCUCCCAGAGGAGAUGCUCCAGUACGCCCGUGACGACACGCAUUACUUGCUGUACAUCUACGACCGGGUGAGGGAGGAGCUUUGGGAGAAGGCCAACGGGCAGCCAGCGCAGCUCCAAGUGGUGUGGCAGCGGAGCAAGGACAUCUGCUUGAAGAAAUACACCAAGCCCAUCUUCACCGAAGACUCGUACCUGGAACUCUACCGGAAGCAGAAGAAGCACCUCAACAGCCAGCAGCUGGCGGCCUUCCGGCUCCUCUUUGCCUGGAGGGACAAGUUGGGGCGGCAGGAAGAUGAGAGCACGGGGUACGUGCUGCCGAACCAUAUGCUGCUCAAGAUAGCGGAGGAGCUGCCCAAGGAGCCCCAGGGCAUCAUCGCCUGCUGCAACCCAGUUCCUCCCCUUGUUCGCCAGCAGAUCAAUGAAAUGCACCUCUUCAUCCAGCAGGCCAGAGAGAUGCCGCUGUUGAAGUCUGAAAUUGCAGUUGGAGUGAAAAAGAGAGGACCUCUUCGAAAUACAGAGAAGCCGGAGAAUCAUUUGUUUGGACCUCACGACAGCUCGCACGUGCCUCAGGAUGAGAAGCCGAACCACAUAGAUCCAGCACCUGGGCUAAGCCGGGAGCAGGUGCGUCUCUUUUCAGAAGCAGAGGAGGAGACGGAAAGGUUGGACGAGUUGCCAAGUCUGCCCUGCCUCCUGCUGAGAGCCAGCAUUGGCAUUUUUAAUGAGACGGAAGCAAGUGAGGAAGAGGACGAGAGUUUGACAGUCACCCAACGGAAAGCCCGCCAGAUCAUGGAAUCCUUCGAAAACCCAUUCCGAAUGUAUUUGCCAGCGGACCAGAACCCCGCUCAUAUCUCCCAGAUGGCAAAGUUUGACCCGUCAUCGAAAAUCUACGAGAUCAGUAAUCGGUGGAAGCUCCUAAGCCAGGCCCAGCUUCAAGCGGGGACAAAUAAACAAUCUGCUAAGAAGAAGAACCAGCAGACAGUGGCUAAUGAAGUCCCCAAGAAGGAAAGCAAAGGGAAAGCAGAAAAUGCAGUCUCUGUCCGCCAGCUGGUUGCGCAGGAACAAGCAGGACGCAAGCGGGAAAGAGUGGAAAUUGAUCCGGGUACCGAGACCCCUCGGGCCGAGAAGAAGAAGCCCAAAGCUUCCCCGCAGCCGGAAGAGCCAGAGGCCACUCCAAAGCCCUUCACCCCCUUUGAUUACAGCAAAUCCGACCUCCAAGUGUUUGCCGGAAGCAGCAGGCCUAAACCCUCAACACAGUUUGAUCCCUCCAAGCAAGCUGGCAAGAAGUUUCCCGGAGCCGGCAAAGCCCAGCAACCAGCCGGAACAAAAAGCAUGUCCUACAUGGCUGGGAAAUCCAACAGAGGCUUCAGGCAUAACUGGCCGAAAAGAUAGUACGACUUGUGGAAGCUUUUGGAAAGAGCCGUGGAAUGCAGCGUUUGAAUGGCUUUUAAACGAAAGGGGAUGCUGUUUACCACUGCCAUUUUUUUUGUAUGGAUACCUGCUUUUGCUCUUUUUA